AAUAUUCGUAUCACAAAAAAAUUGUGAUGUCCGUCAAAAAGUAAACAAUAAUGUCUCGAAAUCACCGAGAUAAUAACAGUGUUAACCAAAAUUACAAAUUGGUUGUCGUGGGAGGGGGCGGAGUGGGUAAAAGUGCUCUUACCAUACAAUUUAUACAGUCAUACUUUGUCACUGACUAUGAUCCAACUAUUGAGGACUCGUAUGCCAAGCAGUGUGUUAUUGAUGAGGAGGUGGCAAGACUUGAUAUUUUGGACACAGCUGGACAGGAAGAAUUUAGUGCAAUGCGUGAGCAAUAUAUGAGGUCAGGAAUGGGGUUUCUCUUGGUGUACUCCGUCACUGAUAGAAGCAGUUUCGAUGAGAUUUACAAGUUCCAUAAACAGAUUUUACGUGUAAAAGACAGGGAUGAAUUUCCAAUGAUUCUAGUCGGCAAUAAAUGUGACCUUGAACAUCAAAGACAGAUCUCACCAGAGGAAGGUCAAGAGUUAGCGAGACAACUAAAAAUUACAUAUAUAGAAGCUAGUGCCAAAAUACGUAUGAAUGUAGACCAAGCAUUUUAUGACCUUGUGAGAAAAGUCAGAAUAUUUGAAUUAAAUGAAAGACCACCCCCUAAAGCGAAGCAUAAAUCGAAACCAAGAUGUACAAUUUUAUGACAUUGUGUAUUAUUAUAAUUUACGUGUUCUGCCUUUGAAGUGCCAGUAUGUAUACACAUAGGAGACCAUUACACAAUAUAUUCUGGCAUAUGUGUUUAAUGCAAGUUUAGCAUAUAUGUCGUGUAUUCCUGACAUAAAUAUGCGGAAUAGACAUAUGUUUUUGUAUGUGUCUCUAGAAUUAGUUAAUAAUAAAUAUAUGUGAAGUAGAUAAUGAUAAUCCAGAGCCUAGAAUUACACGUCCUAAAGCAAUUGUGACCAAAAAUCAUUUAUUGAUGUUGUCAUAUAUGUGUAUUGGAUAUGUGAAAGGUAACAUAUAAAAUAUGGGAAGUUAACAUUAACUUGUUUAACCAGAAACAUGUGAAGUAACAAGAUACAGUGUAUUCAACUAAUACAGAGCCAUGUGAAGUAAAUAGAUGUAGAAUAUCUCAACCGGUAUAGGACCUUGUGAAGGAAAAUGAUACAGAAUUUGAUUUAUAAUACAGUACUACGGAAAGUAACUACAUGAAGUUCAGAAUCAUGUGAUGUAACUAUAUCAUAUUUCAACCAAUACAAAACCAUGUGAAGUAAUUUAAUGAAAUAUAUCUCUACUAAUACAGAACCAUGUGAAGUAGUAUGAUAAAGGUUAUCUCAACUAUUAUGGGAUGUAGUGAAAGAAUUCAGAAUAUCUCAAUAAAUACAGAACCAUUGAAGUAAAUAAUGAUGUGAUGGAACAGAACAUACCUCAAGAAAGAGUUAACACCAAAGUAUAGUCAUUGCCAAGAAUCAAAACUUGAACAACAACAAAAGAAAGCACAAAGUACCAUGCUGCCUGACAUUUUGCUAUAUCUGUUACUGUGUGGCAAGGGAGCUAACUGCAUUAAAGCAUAUUUAUAGAAAAUUGAUUAGAUUUCUAAAAUUGUAAACCGAGAAUAUAGUAUAGGCUUUAUAUAUUGUGUACAUCAUUGAAUUUUAAGUUUUGACAUAAGUAUUAAUAUCUGCUUAAAGCAAUAUCUUAAUUGGUUGAUUAUUUUGGGUGGAAUGAAAGAAAAUGAAAAUUUGUAUCGAUUUAUUGUUUAUAGUAAUAAUGACAUUAAAAUUUAACAUUUAUUUUUAUGUUUAAAUUUUUAUAUAUAAUUUUGCUGAUGUUUAGGAUCUGAUUCACCCACUGAAAGGCCUGGAAUGAAUUUUUUGAAUAUGAAUUUUAGUUUAAUUUAAGUAAGUCCAGCAAAUGGUUUGAACUUUUUAAUACCUGAUUUAAUGAACAAACAGAAUAAAUGUUUGGUUAUAAAGGUUUAAGCCCAUGCAUUUUGUCGUUGUGAAAGUACUUCACUUUUGGGAGUCAAAAAAAAUAAAAUUGUUUUAUUGCUAAGCAUGAUAUGAUUAAUACAAUUUUUGGUGCUUUCUUGUUGUAGUGAAGGAUAUUUCAAAUUUGUACCCUAAAAUAAAACAAAUAUUUAAUGCCUUAUCAUUUUUAAGAUGUAUUUUAUCAUAAUAGUGUUGCUUUUCCCUUUCAUUAGACAGUUGCAGUAAAAGGACUGGUUCCCAAUUAUGGGAAAAUUUUAUUUUUCCCCAAAUUGGUAUUAUUUAAUUUUGUUAAAAAUUCACAAUUUUGAUUGUAGUUUUGAUUAAUUUUUACCAAAUUACCUAAUUUCAUGAAUUAGUAAGAUUUAGCAAGCCGACCCAGCCAAAAAAUAUGAGAAUUGGAAAAAUAGAGACACUUGAUAUUUGUGUGAAUUGAUUGUCACUUAAGUUUUUUUUCCUCACAUCUCGACUUGAGUGUCCAUUUUAAAAAAAAAAUGCCAGUUAUUUAAGGCUGUCAAGUCACAAGUGUGUUGUGUUGAUUUCUUAACAUCUUAUAUAAGAACAAUUAACGGGACUCAAAAACAUUAUCACCUUUUCAUCAUUUGCAAAACACAAAAUGUGUGGAUAAAUUUACUUUGUAAAUCCAGUUGAUUACUGCAAUUUUCAUAAAAUGUCACAAAAUGAAUGCCCAUACCAAUCAGUUAUUAAUAUUUUUGCAAAAUUUCCUCCCUUGCUGGAAAUUCUUUUUGUUUUUUUGCAGAAUUACUUCACUUGUUUAUUUUGCAGAAUUACUUCCCUUGUAUAUUUUGCAGAAUGACUUCACUUGUUUGUUUUGCAGAAUUACUUCCCUUGUAUAUUUUGCAGAAUUACUUCCCUUGUAUAUUUUGCAGAAUUACUUCCCUUGUAUAAUUUGCAGAGUUUACCUGCUUUGCUUUUGAUCAUUCCAUUAUAUAGGCUUUAUUGUUGAUUACCAUGUAUGUUUGAAGAAUAGGUAUAUAUGUAUAUAUAGUUAUUUAUUUGUUGUAUGUAAAUCAUUAUCUGAGCAUAGUCAUAGGAAAUGGUACCCAGGAGUAGGAAUGAUGUAAUAAUUAUUGUUUUCAUGUAAUAUACGUAAGACUUUUGUGUAAUUAUGAUUUUCUUAACUUGACGUUCUUAACUUUUCCAUAUUGAACCCAAAGGGGAAAACAACUACAAAAAAACUGAAAGUCUGAAAAAUACUACAUUCUGUACUGGUAAAACUAAUUUUAUUUUAUGUCUUUAAAUAGGUUUUUUGGAUAUGUUUUUUGAAAGAAACUACUCUUCAAACAUGGCUUAAAGAAUUUCAACCAAGUUUUUACAAAUUAACCCUGCAUUUAUUGUUGAGAGUUUUGCGAUUUAGUUAUUUUUGGCCCUUUAUUUGUGUGUUUUUUUGUUUUUUUUUCAUAAUGGAAAAAUUCUGAAGUAAUUUCAAUGACCAUAAUUAUAAUAUUGAUGAUGUAGGAAAACCCGGACACAUUCUUUUGCUUGUUCUUUUACAUAAAAACUAUGUGCUUGAACCUCUUAUGUUAUUUACUUAAUUUUAUUUACACACAUCAGUAAGUACUAAAUUUUAUUCUGAUACUGAAAAUAAAAAUCCAGCAUGUUAAAAAAAACUUGAUAGACUUCAAAGCUGCAAGUCUUUUAAGUAUGUCAACAAAUUUAAAAACCAGUCACACUAAGGGAUAAUAAAUACUGAGUUUCAGAUUAGCAUAUUGAAAAAUUCACAACCUGAGCAACAUGUUGCAAGUUUUUAUGUAAAAUAUGACAGAUUUCAAUUUUCUACAAAGGGUCAUAUUCAUGUUCAUAAUCUCUUCAUAUUUUUACAUGUAAUAGGUAAUUUUAAUGGAAUACUAAGUGCUUUUGGCAAGUUUAAAACAAUUUAUGUAUGUAUGUACAAUAUACCUUUUACAACAUCUUUACAAAUUAGAACAAUUUUUUUUUUAAGAUUAUCAUAUAAUUAUCUUAAAGAGUUCUGUGUAUUUUGACUGCUUUAGAAAAAUUCUGUUAUUUUAUAUUUCUUUAUUAAAGUCUCAUCUAUGUACACACAGUAUAUUACAAACAAUAUCAUAAAACAUGUGCACAGCAAUUCUAUAUAAGAAUUAUAAGAGACAAGAGAAUCGUUCACACUGUUAAUGAGGAACUGCCUUAUUGCACUGAUGCAUGUCAAAAGGAGAACUAUGUAUGUCACAUACAGUCAAACCUGUGAGUAUAAGUCACUAAAGUAAAAAAAUGAAAAUGGCUUUAAUAGACAAGUGGGCUUUAUUCAGUGGGGGUUAGUUUGUUCUAUCUAAUUGCUGAAGGGUUGUCAAAGAGUGGUCUUUAUUUACAUGGUGAUUUUUUUUUCUGAGGUGGACUUUAAGACAGGUUUGACUGUAUGUACAGAAAUGUAUGAUAUAUGAUAAUAUAGGCAUGUUUUAAUGUCAAAAAGUUUAUGUGAACAAGUAGUAGCAGUAUAUAUUUUAGACUUGUGGAUUGGGUAGUAUAUAGAAUACAAAGACAUUCAGAUAUUUGUAUUGAGAUGUCCCUAUUUCAUAGCGUAUUUGUCUGUCUACACAGCAUUCAUGUAAAUUCAUUUAAAUGAAAUAUAUGAAAGGUCACAAAAUAUGCUGUACAUGUAUAUUGAAAUCAUAAUAUUAUGUGAUAAAUUAUUGGAUUAUAACAUUUUUGUCUGUAUUGAAUAUAAAUCUUUCAUAACCUGAAAACUUUAGUUUGCUUAAGAAUUUUUUUUUUUAUAUCAUAUUGGAUAACUUGUAUUUUUGCUUAACAGUGGAAAACUUGCAUUUUUGCAUAGAUUAUUUGAUAUGUUUGGUUUUACAUAGGAAAACUUUCAUGUUUGCUAUAACCUGUAUUUUUGCUAUCAAUUUUUG